AUGCCCUCGCAACGCACCCUCCAGCUCGACCAGUUCCGCCCGUCCUUCUCCGCCGACGAGCUCGACUCGCUCCACCAGUCCAUCGCCUCUGCUCGCCUCCCCGCCGAGACGUACGCCUCCAAGCAGCCCAAGUACGGCGUGCAGCAUGCCUGGAUCAAGCACGCCCUCGCCUACUGGCAGGACAGCUUCAGCUGGAACAACUACGAGGACAGGAUCAACGCCGUCGACCACUUCAUGACGACCGUCGAGGACGACGGCCACAGCUACAAGGUCCACUUCCUCCUGCACGAGUCGGACGACCCAGACGCCAUCCCGCUUCUGCUCCUUCACGGCUGGCCCGGCAGCGCGUUCGAGUUCGUCGAGGUCAUCAAGCUCCUCCGCGACAGCAAGAGCCCGUCUUUUCACCUCAUUGCGCCGAUGGAGCCCGGCUACGGCUGGUCGAGCCCUCCUCCUCUCGACCGAGGGUUCGGCAUGUACGACUGCGCGCGCCUCAUGGACAAGCUCAUGACCGGCCUCGGGUUCAACGACGGGUACGCCGUCCAGGGCGGCGACAUUGGCUCGGGGCUCGCGCGCAUCCUCGCCCUCAAGCACAACGCCAAGGCCAUCAACGUCAACUACCUGCCCGCCGUCGCGCCGCCCGACGACGCGCCCGAGCGCCACCGGCUCAAGCCGCACGAGGAGAAGGCGCUCGAGCGCAGCGAGACGUUCCAGACGACCGGGCGAGGGUACGCCAUCGAGCAGGCGACGCGGCCUGGCACGAUCGGCAUCGUCGUCGGGAGCUCGCCCGUCGCACUUUUGGCCUGGCUCGGCGAGAAGUACGUUGAGUGGACCGACGACGACCUGCCGCUCGACGACCUCCUCGGCAUCGCCACCUUCUGGUGGCUGCGCGACUCGUACCCGUCGUCGAUCUGGGCCUACGCCGAGAUGCAGAAGACGGGCAUCUCGGCGCUGCACAACGACCCGCAGCACCGCCUCGACAAGCCGCUCGGCUUCUCGUCGUUCGCCAAGGAGAUCAGCUCGACGCCCGAGGCGUGGGCUGGCAGGAACGCCAACCUCCAGUGGUACCGCUAUCACGACAAGGGAGGCCACUUUGCCGCCGCCGAGCGCCCGCAAGAGUUCGCCAAGGACAUGCAGGACUGCUUUGCGGCGAUCUACCCUCACCCUCGAGCGUAGCGAAACGAGCGAUGUAACACGAGCGAGCGGUUCGUGCGAG